CGAACUCUAAAAGUUGCGAUGGCUAAGUUUUCUUACUUUGAUUUCAGACUUUUUGGCUUACUUUUGACAGUUGUACUAGUGGUGGUUCAAGUGAAAGGUGUAAAAAGAUGCCAAGUUGUGUUGGAUCCAAAUGGUUGCCAACUUUCAGUUUGUCGUCAACGAUGUCUUCAGACUCGCAAUGGAAACGGAGUUUGUGUUGACAAAAGUGGUUCUGGCUCUUACCAGUGCGUUUGUUUCUACAAUUGUCAUUUGAAUAAACCUUAACUGAUGUACCCCAACAUCUAAAUAAAAUACGGAGGAAAUAAAUUGAAUCCUCCUUUUUU